AGCUUCUUGUCUACAAACUCUUUGUAUGGUUGCACCAGAAAGUUGUGAGAAAGAAGUACUCGCAAAGGCUUGUCAUCUCAAAAAAUUGAGCAUUCGAGGACAAAUGGCAGCUUUUCUUGGUGCUUACAAGGGUGGAAUCAACAAUCUUGCAGAGCUUAAGUGCCUGGAACAAUUGAAAUUGUUGAAUGAUGUUCUUUACAUGAAUAAAGCACCUCACCUCCCUCCAACAUUCUCCCAACUUGUACGUACAGUGAAGAAGUUAACUUUGACAAAUACAAGGUUUGCUUGGAGUGAGGCAGAAAAAUUGGGGCAAUUGGAAUCCCUUGAGAUCCUAAAAUUUAAAGAAAACGCGUUCGCGGGUGAUUCCUGGAAGCCAAAGAUGGGAUUUAGUGCACUCCGCGUUUUGUGGAUUGAAAGGGCAGAAUUUGAAACUUGGGAGGCUUCAGAGCUUAACUUCCCCGUGCUUAGGAACCUUGUUCUUAUGUCUUGUGAUAAGCUCGACGCUGUGCCAUUUGAGCUGGCUAAUAUAUCUGAACUUUAUGAGAUGCGGCUGGAAAACACAAGCAAAGCGGUCAAAUCUGCAAAAGAUAUACUGGAAAGCAAGAUAGCUAAAAGCAUCAAAUUCAACCUUACCAUAUUCCCUCCUGAAGCUGGAUCCAAGGCCGCACAGUGAACUGAAAGGAGAGAAUCGGGACAUUGAGCUUGUUGGAAAUCUGGGGUCAUGGGAUAUGGUGCCACUCGUGUUUUCUUCUGUCCAGUCCUUGUUGUUCCAAUAAAGAAAGCCUGUUUGUCUUUUGUUUGUACACGCAUUGUGAUUUUGAAACAAGUCUCCGCGUGGUUUCGGAGAUAUGUUCCAAUGGAGUGUUUUCUUUCUCAGUUGUAAAAGUAUUCUUUGCAUCUUUCCUAUUCUGUUUUGGUUGUAUUUGGUUUGUUUUGUUCUUUUAAAAUUGUUGCUCUCAUCUAUCAUUGUUCUCUUGAAGACGACGUUAUUCCAAGCAAAUAAAGUGUUGUGUGUUUUAUUCCAAA